AUGAAGUCCUUCAUUGCUGCUUUCGGCCUCGUCGGCUUGGCCGUUGCUGGUCCUUGCAACAACAACUGCGGUCGUCAAGUCAUCGGCACGGCGAGGAAGUCGCCCUCUCUUGAGGACCGCCAGGCUUUGUGCAGGGCUUUCCUGACGUCCACCACGACGGUUACUCCAGCGACGGCCACUGUCACGGCUGCCGUUGUCUACAACCGUAACGUCCAUGGCGCUCGCGCCGAGCCUCCUACUUUAACCGGCGAGAAGCCCGCCUACGCCAGCAGCUGCCCCGACCUCACCUCCUACUGGAAUGCUUGCCAGUGCUUUGAUGGUUACGUUCCGACUACCGUCACUGUGACCGCCGCAACCCCGACCGAAACUGUGGCCGGUCCGAUUUGCACCCAGGGUCUCGAGUACGCCGUUUACACCCCAGAGUACGACGACCCUCUCAUCGAGAGACUGCGCGUUGAAGAGGAGACCAUCUACACACCGGUGAUCGCCAACCUCAUCCAGGGUGUCGUCCCCGACUUCACCGGCGUCUCGCCUAAGAUCGGCCCCGUCUACGGCGACUGGCAGCUGCCCCUCGUGGCGCCAGCCUACGGCCCCGACGUCGUGGGCGGCCCCGAGACCCAGCUCUCCCACACCAUCAUCGAUCACCGCGGCUACAUCAACCCCGCCACGACGGGCGACUACACCAUCGUGAUCCCAUACAUCGACAACUCCGUCUUUGUCUGGGUCGGCGCCAACGCCAUCUCGGGCUUCACCUACGACACCGCUGUCCUCACGCGCCAGGAGGAGGAGCGCGUCUACCGCGCCUACAAGCUCACCGUCACCGACACGUCGGCGCCCGUCCCUUUCCGCCUGCUGUGGAUCAACUAUGGCGGGCCCGGCAGCCUCCUGUCGUACAUCUAUGACCCUGCCGGGAACGAGAUCGCGGGCCCCAACGCCGAGAAGAAUUCACAGGUCAUUUCCAGCUGUUCCGGCGCUGGCGCCGUUUAUGGGGCGCCUGGCCUGCUUGGGAGAGGUUGCUGGCCUUGA